UUCGCGCGCUGAAGGUGGAUGAGCAUCCCUCCCCCGCUCUCCUCCUCCCCUUCUCCUCCUCACUCUCUGCCUGUGGAGCUGGGACCUGGGUGCGUUAGAUGCUGGACUCUCUCUCCGCCUCCCCUCCGCCUGCUUUGUCGGGGAUGUACUGAAGAGGGGGCAGCUCCCCCGGCACUCCCUGCUGCGCACCGCUCGCCUCCCUUCGGUGCCAGUUUUGACGCGUUUGCAGAUUGAGAACCCCGGUCGGCCGGCGUGCUCUGUAAAGAAAAUCUUUAGCCAUGGAUGUAUUCAUGAAAGGGCUUUCCAAGGCAAAAGAGGGAGUUGUGGCAGCAGCAGAAAAAACCAAACAGGGUGUGGCAGAAGCAGCAGGAAAGACGAAAGAGGGCGUUCUCUAUGUAGGUUCCAGGACUAGGGAUGGAGUUGUUCAUGGUGUCACAACAGUGGCUGAGAAAACCAAAGAACAAGUGUCUAAUGUCGGGGGAGCUGUGGUGACGGGAGUGACGGCAGUAGCGCAGAAGACAGUGGAAGGAGCAGGCAAUAUUGCUGCAGCCACUGGCUUAGUCAAGAAGGAUCAGUUGGCCAAACAGAAUGAAGAAGGAAUCUCGCAGGAAGGAAUGAUGGAUAAUACAGAUAUGCCAGUGGACCCAGAUAAUGAGGCAUAUGAAAUGCCUCCUGAGGAAGAGUAUCAAGAUUAUGAACCUGAAGCAUGAAAAUCUCUUCCCUCUUUCUAUCUUCUGAAAUCUACUAACAAAGACGUCCUGUCCUGUACAAGUGCUGAGUUCCAAUGUGCCCAGUUGUAAACUUUUUUUUAUAGUUUUUACAGUGUAUUUUGAAGUCUUCCAUCAGCAAUGAUUGGAGUGUCUGGGUCUGCGCCCUGCUUUCAUUCCAGUGAUUCCCUCCCACUGAAAUGAACAAUUGGGUGGCAGGGCCAUUGUCGUGCUGUGGAUAUUGUGGCUUCAGGUUUUAAAAGUAUAAAAAAAAAAAUUUAACCACCUAAGUGUCUAUUGCUUAUUUCUAAACCUGUACAUGUUUUAUUGCUAGGUUGUCAGUAAUUUGGUAUUGUUUCUGAUACAAGGAUUUUGUUUUUGUUUCUUAUUACUCUGUUUCGAGAUUAAUUUAUUGUGAGAACUGUUUAUAUAUACAUAUAUAAAGUAACUGAGCAUGAACUAUGCACCUAUAAAUAUUAACUUAACAUUUUUAUUGUUUUGUGAUGUGUUUUAUUAAUGUAUGUCUGUAAAUAAUGGUGUUCAACUGAAGCAAAUAAAAUGUAAU